AUGCCCACAGGUUCGGACUACGAGUACACCAAGUUCAACAAGCCUAGCGACUGGGAUGAGUGGAGUGAAGCCUAUGAGGAGAAAGCUAAGCACGCUGGGAUCCUUGACUACGUCCAUCCAAAUCGCAAACUGAGAAAGCCCUGGCCAACCGAGCCAGUCAUACCUCAAUUCGACGACUUUCAGAAGAAGCAGCCCCGCCGUACGGCUCGAAGCUCCAACAACAACGACGAUUCACCGGAAACGGGCGGAGCUGGUACCGAAGACGUCAAUCGAAACGCCGCUCGAAGGCGUGCCGCUGCUGCCAGAACCGGUACAUCCGGAAGAUCCCAAACUGCCGGAAGAUCACAAAUCGAAUCCAGCAAUGCAGACGAUGACCAAACACCAUCCACAAGCGAUCACGAAGAAGAGGAGGAUUCAGAAACCGACACGCCCAAGACCACUCAAUUCUCACAUCUCACUGCUAUCGGUCAGACGGAUUGGAAGGCAGCUUUCGAACUCUACAAGGAAACCAAGGGCACCUACUACGCCAAGACUGCUGCUAGAUCCAAAUUCCACGAUUGGAUCCUCAAGAGCAUCGGUCCGAACUAUCGUCACAUCACGAAGGGCAAGGAUAUACCAGGCAUCUAUCAAGCACUCAAGGAGCAGUGGCUUCCGUUCAAGCGGACGAUUAACAGGGACCUCGGAUCAGAAUAUUCGAGCCAUCUGAAUCAGAUCAAGAACUUCGAACGCAGGCUAGGAGAUUGGGCUAUUCGUUGGCAAAACCUGGUCAGCGAAGGGAUCGAGCAAAAGAUACCACAGAUAGCUACGCCUAGCUCGUGGUACGAUGACCUCACGGACGCCUUGAAGGAGAUUAGAGAUGGAAAGACCUGGGCCAUGGACGAGCUAGCAAUCCUGGAAGAAGACAUCCUCGAAGGAAACUUCUCACACAACCAAGUGGCUGCCCGAAUGCAGUCAGCGAUUGGCGGAAAGAUCAAGGACAACAGGAAGCGUGGAAGAAUCGAAGCUGGCUUUCCGGUCCUCCACGGUAAGGAUGCCGACAAGACGGAGGAGUCUGCGAAAGAACGUCGUCGCCGACGAGGUCGCCAGAGCAAGGAAGAGCACCAGGAAGUCAGGCAGUCACGAGAUACGAAAGAAAACUCGCCAUCACGGCCAUCGAAGAAGACUCGAUCAAAUGGAGACCGCUGCGAAGUCUGCUUGCAACACGGCCACAAGCUCAACAAGUGCUAUUAUACCUAUUCAGCAGACGAAGAAACCCCAGAUUGGUUCGAAGACAGCAAGAGCGUUGUGAUUGAAGAUAGGGUAGCAAAGAUGUUGGAAUUCGACAAGCAGCUCGCCGAGAAGGUCAAAAAGGCGCGCGAAACUCUGAGCGCCAGCACCUACCCUCUUCGAAACUCCGCGAUUGUGGACUCCGGUACGACGAUCCACAUCUUCAACAACCCCAGACGGUUCAGGAACCUUCGACAGGCACCGGCAGAAGAUUUUGUCUACGCUGGCGACACCGAAGUACCGAUCCUUGGCUACGGAGAAGUCAUAAUCAAGAUUAAGGCCAAAAAGGAUGGUUCAGUCCUCUGCGAGUUAUCCGAUCAAUAUGGCCAAUUCGUGAUCGAAGACGUUCCUUUCGAAGCACAUUCAGCAUUCCACGCUCACGCAGCGUUCCACACGGAUCGGAAGACAAGCUGGACCGGCCGACCAACGAGCGACGGCACCGGCAAGCUAUGGCAUGGCCGUCUUGGCCACCCAGGUGCUGCGGCACUCGCCCAUCUACAAGUAUCAACAACCAGAGCCAGGUUGCGAGGACCAGCCAGUUAUGAAUGCCCUGCGUGUGGCGAAGCGAAAGCAAAGCGCAAGAUCCGCCGUCAGCUACGCAAAGAACCUCACAAGGUCGGGGAGCGAUUCGCAAUCGACUUCCUCGACCUAGCCAAGAGUCAGAAGGGUUUCAACUCUGUUAUGCCUUUUACGGAUCGGAAGAGUGGAUAUGUCUUUGACCUCUAUCUUACCGAACGAAAGACGCUCACUCUUAUGGCUGCGAUCAACCACUUUCUCAAGACCAUGGAACGCCAGUUUGGUCUACAGAUCAAAGUUAUUGAGUGCGACGACGAGUUGAUGCGAUCCAAAGCUCUGGAAAGUUUCUGGAAGUCCAAGGGUAUGCGGAUUGAGCGUUGUGCGCCAAAUACGCAAGCUCAAAAUGGAGGCGCAGAACGCUCAGGGGGUGUGAUUAAGCUGAAAGCCAAAGCUAUGCGCGCUGCGGCUCGUCUGCCAGAAAUACUGUGGGUUGAGAUCUACAAGGCUGCGGUGUAUCUUUACAACCGAACGCCGAAAAAGAGACAAGACUGGAGAUCCCCAUACGAGGUAUUCCACACCUUUCUGGCUACAAGAGACGGAAUUCCCAAUCCAGAGCGGAAACCCCAGCUUGCACACCUUCGGAACUACGGUUGCCGCGCAUACGUCAUGACGACCGAGGCUAUGCUCAAGAAAGAAAGGUUGUUCAAGCUAAGACCCAACGCGUGGAUUGGCUAUCUUGUGGGCUACGAAUCGACGAAUAUCUAUCGGAUUUGGAGCCCUAAGACGAACGAUAUCGUCCGAGUGCGCGAUUGUUCUCUACCACCGCUGAGCGCCGAGAAUCGGAUGGCCAGCGACGACCUUACCACACAAGAAGAAGAUGAGGAGACAAUUCUUGACUGUAUCGUUGUGGGGGGUGAAGACUUUGAUAAGAUGUCAGAGCACGAAGACUCUGAUAAGAUGUCGGAGUGUGACGAACCUACUUCAGGACCCUGUCCUGUUAGGGUUCAGCUUCGGUUGAAGCGAUUGGCCUGGGGCUUCCUCAUUCCUUUCUUGGUUCCACCUUGGCAUAUCCGUGACACGGAGCAUCAUGAUUCCGGCGUCGAGGAAAUGCAGGAAGCGCCGGAUCCGGAAGAAGAAGUUCAAGAAAAGGAAUUUGAUCAGUACUCUUCCGCGAUCCUGGAUCCGCUACUAACACCUGGGAACACUCCUCCUCCGCCAACGGCGCUCUUUGAAGCAGCCUUCUCCUCACUCACGCUUGAAGAACUCCAAGCUGGGAAGAAUCCUACAGCAGGAUUAUUUGGCAGCGUGUACGCGCCAAUUGAAGAGCUUAGGAUAGAUGCGGACACUCGCGCUAUCAACACUUGGCAAGCUGCGUUCAGCGGAGGGCGUCAUGCAGCGAAGAUCGCUAUUCUUGACGGACAGGCUGUGGAUAAGCACACAUUGCGCAAGGAGCUUGACUAUUGCCGAAUCUCGUCAAGGAAGCGUCGGCAGCUGGCUCGCCACGAAGCCGGAAUCAUGAUUGCUAAGGAAUCUACUCCUAUGGUUCAGACUUCUGCUAACGGAAAAUACGACAGAAGAGAUCUUCCACCACCGCCAAAUGGCUAUAAAGAGCUCAAGAAACAUCCGCUGGCUAAGUGGUUCGUUGAGGGUAUGGAAGCUCAUAUGCAGAGCCAUCGCGAGAUGAAGUCUUUCGAGAAGUGCCACCGGAGCCUCACCAAGAACACACAAGUCCUCGAUUGCAUGUGGGUAUAUACCUACAAAUUGGACAAACGCGGGUAUUUGAUUAAGGUUAAGGCGCGGCUCGUGGUCAGAGGUGAUCAACAAGCUAAGAUUACGCUCGAGAAUACCUACAUACCACGGCUCGACUUAAUUCGGGGGAGUGUCGAUGAGAGCCGUACCUGUUUGUCGGCGGCUCUCAAACAGCACCUCGGCAUAGACCUGGCGGAGGCAUCACCACCCAUACCGUCUACCAUGGCGCAGUGGUACCGGGAGAGCGCCGUCCCUCUCUUCCUUCUGUUGCCCAUGGCGCCAAACGUAACAUCAGUCGACAUGUACAUGCAUUGCGGGUGGGAGGUGGACCACGACCUUGCUCGGAGGUUGUCUGACGGCACUUUUGUGCCCAAGGUGGUGUUCCCCAACCUAGCCAGUUUUCGGAUAUGGAGCCACUCCUGGGCUGAAUCGUCGCUGCGGGAGGGCUGCAGAUGCCGAGAUGCCAUUGCUUGCUUGCUCGCCGCCGCUCCGAAUUGA